AUGGCCGGCCUAGGAGAGUGGGCCAUCCUCAGUGCAAAGGAGAACAAUAUCGAUGCUGCGCCAACUCCGCAAAAACAAGACUGGACCGAAUGCUACAGGGAUCUCCGAGAGAUGGCUGAUAUGCAGAGAGUCUUCCAGAGCCUGGUAGACGACGACACAGUCUCGUUUCAGGUAGUUUGUUGCUUCGCGAAAUUCCCCACCCGCUUCCAGCAUCCCGCAGACAAAGAGCAGUCGUCACUCUUAGUCAGCUGUUUCGGGAUGCUCCAUAUCCGCGUCCCCAGGCGCUCUGAGAACUCCAAUUUGAUGAUAUCCCCCGAGUGGGCUAUCUUGCCUGGCUCCAAAGUCGUUGCGAUUCACGAUAGUCACUUUGGCAUGACCCAAUCUGAUAACGCGGCAGAGGGCCAGCUGAUCGCGGAUCUGCUCAAGCAAGCAAGCAAGGUAGAUCCGAGGCUCGAGAAAGACCGCGGCGAGCGCGCUGUGCCGCCGAGCCAGCCCGAGGACACUGGCCGCUCAACGUCAACAACCCAGACACAUUACGAUCUUGAGUACUGGCUCCUUCGUCCGAGAACAUUCGUAUGCGACUCGCCAACGGUUGGCGACAUCGUCUGCUUAGCCGCAGAAAACAAGCCCGCGUCACCUGAAAUCGACCGCGAGACGACCACGAAGCUAGGGGCGAUCUCUAUCACCAACGAAGUUCACACAUUAGGCCGCGUCGACGUCAAACCUAACGCUACGAUGGAGAUAGCUCCUGACGAGUCAUAUGAAAUGGUCAAGCACGCAGCCCAGGAAGAACUAUUCCCAUCAAGCUACGAGAUUCUCCGACUGUGGAAGGCGUUUGCGAAGCGGAGGUUCCCGCGGCCCGACUUGAAAUUCGACACCAUCCACGCCGCCUUGUGGCAAGCCAACGAGGAAGCUCUGAAGGAAGCAAUGCUUCUGGGUAUCCGGAACGCGCAACCUGCUGUGGCCCCUGAAUCGAUGCCGCUUACCGUCGUGGUGCCACGGCGCACUGACGAUGGUGCCAAAUCACCACGGCAUCCGAACGGCGCUACAGUCGUUGUUCAGACAUUCUCAUACACCAAGAAGGGUCACACGAGAGCUGGCUGCCGAAAGAGGGACGCGUCGGGAGGUGCAACACAGGGUGUUGGGGCCGACAUCACGUUUGCGGUAAAGGUAGCUAGGCCGCGGCCUGUCAUGCCUACUGCCUAG